AACAAAUAAUAUAGUUUUUGUGGCCAGUCAAAAAUUGCAUGCACUAUCCAUAACUAACAAGAGAUAGAUAGGGAAACCCACAAACCUUUGAGCUGUUAGUUUACAGAGAUGGCAGUUUCAUCACUCUCACUCAGCUUCAUCUCCAAACCAAAGUUCGGCGUGCAAAGUUGGGCGAGCCAAUCAGAACCCGCUGCUAUUUCUGCACAUGGGAUUCCCAAAUGCUCAAUCAACACUUCUUCUACUGAUGAACAGAAAUUUCAAUCUGUAAGCUGUAAAAGGAGGGAACUCGUAUUCGGAUUAGGUGCUCUCUCUGUGAACUCAUUUCCUAUAAGCCCCGUCUUUGCAGAAGAAAAACCUGACAACUAUGAAGUGUUUGUUGACAAGGUUGAUGGUUAUUCAUAUUAUUACCCCUCAGAUUGGAGAGAAUUUGACUUCAGAGGUCACGAUUCGGCAUUCAAGGAUAGCCAUUUGCAACUUCAAAAUGUGAGACUGAGUUUUAUACCAACAAAUAAAACUGAUAUCCAUGAUAUAGGACCAAUGGACGAGGUUGUUGCAAAUCUUAUAAAUAAUGUCUACUCUGCACCAACCCAAGUAGCAGAUUUAUUGAAUAUGCAAGAGAGAAAUAUCGACGGUAGAAACUACUGCACCUUCGAAUAUGUACUUACAUCUCCAAAUUUUGCCCGAGCAGCUUUUGCAACCAUAGCAAUUGGAAAUGGAAGAUACUACACAUUGAUUGUUGGAGCAAACGAAAGGCGGUGGAGAAAGUACCGGAACCAGCUUAAAGUUGUAGCCGAUUCCUUUAAAGUGUUCGACAUGAUCUGAAUGCGUUGUAUGUUCUUGCUAUUCCGAUCACAAUCUUGCAAAGAUUUGAAGUUACCAGUCUCUCUCUCUCUCUCUCUCUCUUUAUAUAUAUAUAUAUAUAUAUAUAUAUAUAUAUAUAUAUACAAGUAUGAAGAUGUUUCAACUGUCUACAUGUUAAUUUUGUUGAUGCUUUGUGUUCACUUGUUUCGUUAUAUAAAAAGAAAAUAAUGUACAUAUGUUUUGAUGCUUUAAGGCGCUUCAGAUUCAUGUAAAACUGAAACUCACUUAUGACUUUGCCUAUCUUGAUGCAGUUUAUUUUGUCUCUUCUUUUU